AUGUCAAACCACAGUUCAACCCCUCCCAUCUCAGUCCCGCCCACCUCCUCGCGCCAGCGUCGAGCAUCCAUAGCCUCAGGACUUUCCUUCCCCGAGAACAAGCCAGGAAGCCAGAGCCUGAAUAACCCUGCGACCGGCGGCUCCAUGGCAAGUGCAAUGGCCAAUGCUCAAUCGAACCACAGGCGCCGGCUCUCCAUCACAACCCUGGGCCUCUCCGGCUCGCCAACCCAACCCCUGCCAUUUGGCAGCCGCAACUUCCGGCAGAGCAGCAUCUCCAGCUCAGUGGGGUCUAGCAGCCCAGGCAACACCGAGGAAGCCGUCGCAGAGGAUCUUGAGAAUUCCCCUCCCGGCGGCAGCGGCAUGCCUCGAUCGCCCUUUGCUCGCCGUCUCUCCUUUGGCGCGCAGGCUCUGCGAGACGCGCGCGGUGGAAGCAUUGGCAAUGGCGAGGGUUUCAACUGGUCUGAAGCUCUUCGGACAAGGGCCGAACGCGGUCCUAUCUCUCCGGGCUCCGCCCAGUCCUUGCAGGGUCAGGGUCAGGGCCAGGGCCAGGGGCACCAUCGACGCGCAGCAUCCAUUGCGUCCAUGGAGCCGCCCGUCAAGGAGAUGCCCAAGCAACCUAAACAGGAUAAUAAGCCCGAUUUCUUCCAGGAGAAGAUUCUCAGGGGUGAUUUUAUGGAUUAG